AUGGAUGGUGUUCUAGCACUGAAUGCAGAUAAUAAUUUCUGGCAAAUUUCAGACUUCUAUAAGUGUGUCUUUUGGUCUUUUUCAAAAGACACACUGUUUUGGCGCCACAUGAGGGAUCAUGAGCAAAAUGACAAGCCUCAUCAGUGUGACCAAUGUCCAAUGUCAUUUAAUGUUGAGUUCAAUCUUACAUUGCACAAAUGUACUCACAAUGGGGAAGACCCUAUGUGUCCUGUUUGCAACAAAAAAUUCUCAAGAGUGGCUAGUCUUAAAGCUCAUAUUAUGCUUCAUGAAAAAGAGGAGAACCUCAUCUGUUCAGAAUGUGGAGAUGAGUUCACUUUGCAGAGCCAGUUGGCCCUUCAUAUGGAAGAACAUCGCCAAGAGCUGUCUGGAAGCAAAACCCAUAUCUGUAAAACCUGUAAGAAAGAGGUUGAAACUGCUUCCCAACUAAAGGAACAUAUGAAAACUCACUACAAAAUAAGGGUAUCAAAUACCAGGUCAUAUAAUAGAAAUAUUGACCGAAGUGGGUUUACAUAUUCAUGUCCACAUUGUGGAAAAACUUUCCAGAAACCAAGUCAGUUAACACGACAUGUUCGAAUACACACAGGUGAAAGGCCAUUUAAGUGUAGUGAAUGUGGAAAGGCUUUUAAUCAGAAAGGUGCAUUGCAAACUCAUAUGAUCAAACACACUGGUGAAAAACCGCAUCCUUGUGCCUUUUGCCCUGCAGCCUUUUCUCAGAAAGGCAACCUUCAAUCACACGUUCAAAGAGUACACUCAGAGGUAAAGAAUGGCCCUAUGUAUAAUUGUACAGAGUGUAGUUGUAUUUUCAAAAGUUUAGGCAGCUUAAAUACUCAUAUCAGCAAGAUGCAUAUGAGCUCCACACAAAACACAACGAACUCUACUACAGAAACAGCUCAUAUUACAACGGUAACUUUAUACUCACAAAUGACUUAUCCACAGGCAGAAAAUCCAAUAGCUCCAGCUGCAGGACAUCAAGGUCAGCAAUCAGUAACUGAUGUCAUUCAACAACUGCUUGAAUUGUCAGAGCCAGUGGAAAAUAAUCCGUCCCAGCCAUCUAGUCAGCAACUCAGUAUGGCUGUGGGAAUCAACAGAGAUAUUUUGCAGCAAGCCUUGGAAAAUAGUGGGCUAUCCUCAAUACCAGUUUCAGCAAACACGGACUGUGGUGAAACGAAAACUCCUCCAUGUCCAGAAGAAACCUCAGAUGAUCAGAAUCUCUCCAGCCAUCAAGUCAACUCAAACAAUACGGAACAAGUUAAAGAGCGAGACAACCCAGAGAAAGUAGAUAAAAAAGAGAAAAGGGUUCUGAAGAAAAAAUCCCCAUUUUUACCUGGUUCCAUACGUGAGGAGAACGGAAUACGAUGGCAUAUUUGUCCAUACUGCUCUAAGGAAUUUAAAAAACCCAGUGAUCUUGUACGACAUAUACGCAUUCAUACUCAUGAAAAGCCAUUCAAAUGUCCACAGUGUUUCCGGGCCUUUGCUGUGAAAAGUACUCUCACAGCACAUAUAAAAACGCACACGGGCAUUAAGGCUUUUAAGUGUCAAUACUGUAUGAAGUGCUUUUCUACCUCAGGAAGUUUGAAAGUACAUAUUCGCUUGCAUACAGGUAUUAGACCCUUUGCUUGUCCACACUGUGAGAAAAAGUUUAGAACUUCAGGUCACAGAAAGACACACAUUGCUUCUCACUUUAAACAUACUGAAUUGAGAAAGAUGCGGCAUCAGCGGAAACCUGCAAAAAUUCGAAUAGGCAAGAGCAAUGUGCCAGUACCGGAUAUUCCUUUACAAGAACCAAUCCUCAUCACAGAUUUAGGUCUUAUUCAGCCAAUCCCAAGGAAUAGCCAAUUUUUCCAAAAUUAUUUCAAUAAUAAUUUUGUGAAUGAAGCAGACCGGCCAUACAAAUGCUAUUACUGUCACAGAGCUUAUAAGAAAUCUUGUCAUCUUAAACAACAUAUCCGAUCACACACUGGUGAAAAACCAUUCAAAUGUUCUCAGUGUGGAAGAGGCUUUGUAUCAGCCGGAGUGCUAAAAGCGCAUAUUCGAACCCACACUGGAUUAAAAGCAUUCAAGUGUCUUAUAUGCAAUGGAGCUUUCACCACUGGAGGGAGUCUGCGGAGGCAUAUGGGCAUCCACAAUGACCUUCGACCCUAUAUGUGCCCGUAUUGUCAAAAAACGUUCAAAACCUCAUUAAACUGCAAAAAACAUAUGAAAACGCACAGGUAUGAGCUUGCACAGCAGCUUCAGCAACAUCAGCAAGCUGCUUCCAUUGAUGACACAGCUGUAGAUCAGCAGAAUAUACAUGUUUCUACUCAAAUGCAAGUGGAAAUUGAAAGUGAAGAGUUGCAGCAAACUGAAGCCGUUGCAACAGAUCAGGAAGCUAUUUUAGAUUUAGAACAGCAGCAGGUUGUUGACACUGAAGAAGCCGGACUUAGACCUCAGUUGACUGAUCAGUCAUUAGGUCAAGAGGAAGAUAGAUUUGUGACAUCCCAGCAUGCGCUGCAAGAAAAUAUAAACCAGUUUGAGCAGCAAACAAUAGUACAGCAAUCAUUUGAUCAGCAAGGAUUAUCACAAGGUUUUACAGUUAAUGAUGGCUACAGUCAACCAAGUCAAUUUCCAGCAGUACAGCAGCUUCAGGAUUCAAGCACUCUUGAAUCUCAGGCUCUUUCAACAAGCUACCAUCAACCAAGUCUGCUUCAGGUUCCUGCCCCCGACACUAUCAAUGUAGCUACCCGGUUAGUUCAAGAUCAGUCAUCAGACCUUGAGAUGCAUGCCCAGCGUUCCCAGUUUCUGGAAGAUAAUGAUGAUCAAAGCAAAAGAUCUUACAGGUGUGAGUAUUGCAAUAAGGGCUUCAAGAAAUCUAGCCACUUGAAGCAGCACGUACGUUCACACACUGGGGAGAAGCCUUAUAAAUGCCAACUGUGUGGCCGGGGAUUUGUCUCUUCCGGAGUCCUUAAAUCUCAUGAGAAAACACAUACAGGAGUUAAAGCAUUCAGUUGCAGUAUUUGCAAUACUUCCUUCACCACCAAUGGAAGCCUUACUAGACAUAUGACAACUCAUAUGAGUAUGAAGCCCUACAAGUGCCCAUUUUGUGAUGAAAGCUUCAGAACCACAGUUCACUGCAAAAAACACAUGAAAAAGCAUCAAACAGUAUCUUCAACAGCAGCAACAGGUGGAGAGGUAGUGGGAGGGGAAGAAGAAGAGGCAGCAUCUGAAAAGACAAGCUCUCGGAAAUCUAGGCCGGGUGUUAUCACAUUCACGGAGGAGGAAACAGCCGAGCUUGCAAAAAUUAGACCUCAAGAAAGUGCCACUGUCUCUGAAAAAGUUCUCGUCCAGUCUGCAGCAGAAAAGGACAGGAUUAGUGAAAUCAAAGACAAACAAGCGGAAAUGGAGGCUGAGCCAAAAUAUGCCAAUUGUUGUACUUACUGCCCAAAAAGCUUUAAAAAACCUAGUGACUUAGUUAGGCAUGUACGUAUACAUACGGGAGAAAAACCUUACAAAUGUGAUGAAUGUGGAAAAAGUUUUACUGUAAAGUCAACUUUGGACUGUCAUGUAAAAACACACACAGGUCAGAAACUUUUCAGCUGCCAUGUAUGUAGUAAUUCAUUUUCUACAAAAGGGAGUUUGAAAGUUCAUAUGCGUCUACAUACUGGAGCAAAGCCUUUUAAGUGUCCUCAUUGUGAAUUAAGGUUUCGGACUUCUGGACGUAGGAAGACUCAUAUACAGUGCCAUUUUAAAUCAGAGGCCAAGAAAGCCAGGAAAGCUGGCUCUCGUGCUCCAGCCAAAGGUCUACAGCCAGUCAAUCUUCUGAAUUCAUCCACAAAUGAUCCUAACGUUUUCAUCAUGAAUAACUCUGUGCUGACAGGCCAGUUUGACCAAAAUUUGCUCCAGCAAAGUAUUGUUGGUCAGGCUAUCCUUCCUGCUUCUAUGUCAGCUGGAGGUGAUUUAACUCUAUCCUUGACAGAUGGUAGCUUGGCCACCCUCGAAGGAAUACAGUUGCAACUUGCUGCCAACUUGGUUGGACAGAAUGUUCAAAUUUCUGGAAUAGAUCCUAGUAGCAUUAACAACAUUACUUUACAGAUUGACCCCAGUCUUUUGCAACAGACCCUUCAACAGGGUAAUGUACUCACCCAGCAACUAACAGGAGAUUCCAGUUUGGCAUCUCAGAACUCCACCCUACAGACAGCAGAAAGUGCAGUGUCAACAGCAAAUGUGGUAAUACAGCCUUUGUCAAGCUUGUCCUUACAGCCCAAUGUUACUUCUUCAGCAAAUAUGACAAUGGGGCCUAUGGCUGAGCAAGAAUCCGUAUUGGCUACAACUACUUCAGGUUCACAGGAUCUCUCUCAAGUUAUGACUUCACAGGGAAUGGUAUCAACUGCCAAUGGUCAACAUGAGAUUACACUGACAAUAAAUAGUUCUGGUCUGAGUCAUGUUUUAACUCAUGCUUCUAGUUCAACCACUACAAAUUCAUCAGGAACCCCUCAAGAGAUCACCCUUACUAUAUCUGGCCAAGACCUUAUUCAACACAUUUCCUCUGGCAACAAUGAACUGAAUGGGAACCUACGUUUGGCAACCCCUAAUAUCACUAAUCAAUCACCUGCUACUACACUAACUAUAAAUAAUGAUCAGUUACUGUCUCAUAACCCAGCAUUGAAUAGUUCUUCAGAACUUAACACUUCAAGCGGAAACCUUCCAACGACACCACCCAUGUCUCAGCCAGCUCAGAACCUAGUAAUGUCAUCCCCAGGUGUGGGAGGAGAUGGUAGUGUCACAUUGACCCUGGCUGAUACUCAGAGCAUGUUAUCUGCUGGUCUUGAUGCAGUGACACUUAAUAUCACUUCACAGGGUCAACAGUUUCCUGCUUUACUCACAGAUUCUACUCUCUCUGGCCAGACCAAUUCAAGCUCACAGCAGGUCAUCCUAGUCAGCCAUGCUCCACAUUCAGUACCUGCAAACCAUGAGGAAUUAACUUAUCAGGUGAGUGAGGUUUCUCCACCUCUGUCAAAAAGUAUUCAAGUUGAAAAAGAGGCCCGCGUGCAUCAUUGUUUUGAGUGUAGUCAAACGUUUUCUUCAAUCACCGUGCUAAUGCAGCACAGUAAGGAAGUUCAUGGAAAAGAAAGAAUCCACGUCUGUCAUAUUUGCAAUAAAGCUUUCAAACGAGCCACGCAUCUGAAGGAGCAUAUGCAAACGCAUCAGGCUGGACCAUCACCGAGUUCCCAAAAGCCAAGAGUAUUUAAAUGUGAUACUUGUGAAAAAGCCUUCGCUAAACCAAGUCAAUUAGAAAGGCAUAGUCGCAUCCAUACAGGUGAGCGGCCCUUUCAGUGUACCUUGUGUGAGAAAGCUUUUAACCAGAAGAGUGCACUGCAAGUUCAUAUGAAAAAACAUACAGGGGAAAGGCCAUACAAAUGUGAUUACUGUACAAUGGGCUUCACCCAGAAAAGCAACAUGAAGCUUCAUAUGAAACGGGCUCAUGGCUAUUCCGGUGCAAUGCAAGAAUCGACCAGUCAUCAAGGACAGGAAGGCGAAGACAUUAAUCGUGCCCUGAAUUUGGAAGAAGUUGUUCAAGAAUCUUCAAACGAAUGGCAGAGUAUAACCAAUAUUUUUUGAUGACUAUAAGACGAAAGCUCCGAAUGCUUUCAGGACUAGAAUUUUUUUCUUUUUUCUCCUAAAAAUAGUCAUCUGUGGAUUUUUACUAUUAAAGCGUAUUGCAAAUAAUAAGGAUGAUAUAGCUUUUUAAAUAUUACAAAACACCGAAUGAAUUACCUGUCUUUUGUAAGCAUAUAGAAUAUUUGAGAAACAUCAGACAAACUUUUCUGCAUUGUCUACAAUCAGUGAUCUCAGGUAGAUGGAACUUAUUUAUCUUUUCAUUCCACCACAAGUGUAUUCUCUAAAACAGAAAUACACCCAGAUCUUGAAAUCAGUGAAGAGUGAAUCUGAACUAGGCUUUCUUGGCUUUUCUGUCAAUCAUGAGGAAUGUCUUGAGUAUUUAAAACAAAAUUGUAUGGGUGCCGUAGAUCAGGGGUUUCCAAUCUUGGCAACUUUAAGCCUGGCGGACUUCAACUCCCAGAAAUUCUGGGAGUUGAAGUCCGCCAGGCUUAAAGUUGCCAAGGUUGGAGACUUCUGCCAGUAGUAGAUGAUGCCUGCUCCAAUGCAGAUAGUACAUGAUCUAAGGUUGUUUUAGACCAUUAAUUGGUGUUGGCAGAUACAUCAGGAUGAUAGCUCACAUUCAUUUAGUUUGAUGAGUGCUAUUAUUUCUCAGCUUUAAACUCAGCAAUAAUUCAGAGGAACACACUAACAACUGCAAUUCCAUGAAGUAAAUGGCAAACACAUAUACUUUCAUGUGGAUCUUUCAGCAGAGAAACUUUUGCUGAAUAACCAUAAAAAUAUAAGCCAUAUAUUCAAGAUGGUAGAACUUACAAGACUAUAUAUUUUCUGAAGAAGAUCAAAUUAGCUGCAGGUUAAAUUACAGUACAGUCAUUCUGAAAGAUAACUCCGAAUUAGAAGUCCUUGUUACUAUUGUCAUCAAUUUGUCUUGACAGUUAUGAAAUUUUUAAAGACUACCUAGGCUUUUUCAGUAUUACUCUGAAAGGUCCCAAUCAUUCAAAAGAGGUAUAAUCAUACAAAAACACCCACAUUGGAAAUAAAGCAUAUGUUCUGUUUUAGACAUUCCAAAGACAGAAGGAUCUUGCUUAAUUUUACGUUGAGAUUUUAAAAUUUCUUUAUAUGUUAUAUAUAUGUAUGUGUGUAUAUAUACAGAUAUUUAAGCCUCUGUGUGGCUGAUGAGUAUAUUUUGUAAAUAAUAAUUCCAGUUUCAAGAAGUGUUUAUAAAGUUUUCAACUUUAGAUAAACAUUUCAAAAUCAGUAUUGAUUCAUUUUAAUGUAAUGUAGACAUAUUAUAUCUUUAUGAAAAUAUUAUUGCUUUUAAUUUGUUUUUCAGUUCCAGAAAAAAACUAUCUGUACAUAUAAUUUAUAUUUUGUGUAAUAUAAGACUAGUACUUUCUAUUUCCAAAAAAAAGGAAAAAUCACUGCUUUUGAUAGGACAUCUCAUAAUUCUUUUGUUAACUCUGGACAUAUGUAUAUAAGUAAUAUAGCUGGUGACUUGAAAAUAACACUUUUGUUAUGUGGAAAUAUUUAAGUCAAACAUGUUGAAUAAUAUUAAUUUUUUUCCAAACAUGGUUUUCUGUCUGGUAAAUUAUUCCUUUUCAGGGGUAUUAAGUAGGUAUUCUUAUUGAUGAGAAUAAUUAUUAUGCCUGAAUUGAUGCAAAACAAUUAUUGAUCAUGGUCCUGUAGAUAUUUCAUGCUAUUCUGCUAUUUUAUUUCUUCGCUUUGAAUAUUUUUUUUCCAUUUCAAGGGUUUUUUCUACCAGCCUUACUGAAAGCGUUUUGCUUGUUUGCAAAUAUUAUUGUGCUCAUUGAUAUCCUUAUUUGAUUAGAAGAACACAAUAUCUUUAAGAAAAGAAGAAACAGUAUUAUGUAUACUGUGUAAAGUGAACCCACAAGGUUUGUGCUUAGAUCUGUUCCAAAACAGCA